CCCGCCCUCGCCGCCGUCCUGGCCUUCUCGGGGCUGGCGCUGAGCUGCUGCCGCGAGCCCGUUCUCUCCGAAUGUUAUACAGCAAAUGGGGCUGACUAUCGUGGCACUCAGAACCAGACCUCCCAAUAUGCAGGGAAACCUUGUCUUUUUUGGAAUGAGACCUUUGAGCAUCCUUAUAAUACUUUGAAAUAUCCCAAUGGGGAGGGAGGGCUUGGAGAGCAUAACUACUGCAGGAACCCUGAUGGAGAUGUCAGCCCAUGGUGCUACAUUGCAGAGCAUGAGGAUGGAAUAUAUUGGAAAUACUGUGAGAUUCCAUCCUGCCGAAUGCCAGGGAAUCUAGGGUGUUACAAGGACCAUGGAGAGCCACCACCUUUGACUGGCACCAGCGAGACCUCCAAUAAACUUACUAUCCAAACAUGCAUCAGUUCCUGCCGAAGUCAACAAUUUAAGUUUGCAGGCAUGGAAUCAGGUUAUGCUUGUUUCUGUGGAAAUAAUCCUGACUACUGGAGAUAUGGGGAGGCAGCCAGUACGGAAUGCAACAGUGUUUGCUUUGGAGACCAUACUCAGCCUUGCGGUGGGGAUGGCAGAGUCAUUCUUUUUGACACCCUUAUUGGUGCCUGUGGAGGGAAUUACACUUCUGCUACAGCUGUGAUCUAUUCCCCCGAUUUUCCCGACACAUAUGGCACAGGCAAAGUCUGUUACUGGACCAUACAAGUUCCAGGAGCAUCUCGAAUCCACUUCAGCUUUGCCCUUUUUGAAAUCAAAGAUGCUACAGAUAUGGUGGAAUUGCUGGAUGGCUAUACCUAUCAUGUUCUAGCUCGUUUUAAUGGCAAGAACCGGCCUCCCCACACCUUUAACAUCUCUCUGGAUUUUGUCAUUUUGUACUUUUUCUCAGAUGAAAUCAAUCAAGCCCAGGGAUUUGCUAUCAGAUAUAGAGCUGUGAAGGACAAUGUGCAUCAAAACAAGAUUCCAAUGAAUCAGACCCUUUCAGAGAAGAUAAAUGAACAAGCAAAUCUCAGCAUCAAUGCAGCCCGGUCAUCAAAGAUACUUUAUGUCAUCACAACCAGCCCAAGUCAUCCUAGUAGUUCCAUGCCUGAGUGGACAAUAUAUAGUCUCACAGCGCUGCUCAUCCUAAGUGUUACAGCCAUAAUAGCAAAGAUAUUUCUCCACAUAACCAUGAGGUCCCAUCAGAUACCAUCUGCAACUGAAACAGAAGAUUCCAGUGAGGUUACUACUGCUGGCGAGAUCUGGAGUAUAUUUUACCAGCCAUCCACAUCGAUAUCCAUCUUCAAGAAAAAGCUUCGAAGUCAACAAGAUGAUUGCAACCCACUAGUGGGAAACUGAAGUGUCGUCUAUUUUACAAGAAUCAAUCUUCUUAAAAUCCAGGUGACUUGGGAAUAAUCCUUUUUUUUUCUCCCAAUCUCGUACUUGUUUUCCAAAAAGUCCAUUUCAAAGGCCUUUGAGUGACUUUGCCGCUCUGCUGUUCUCUUGGGUAUACUAAUGACAACAGAUUUAAUUGCGGCAAUAAUUUUGAAAUAUUUGGUGCUCAUAAAUCUGUAGUGCUGUUAAUUACUGCCUUUAAACCAACGCACUUAAAAUACAUGUAAAAACCUGUAAAAUUCAAAAUGUCCCGUACCCCUGCCAAAAGUAAUUGAAUGAGUAUCUGCAGGUUGAGGACUUCUUGUGUCCUACUCUCCUGUACCACUGUAUUAUAUCAGGCUACUGUAGUUCCUUUAUUCUCAAGGCUGAAGACAGAGGUAGAUACCGAUAACCCGUUCAGCUGCCACAGCAACCGGAGUUUAUUGGCCUUAAUGUAAACAUGUCUAAAUGGUACUGUACAGCGAAAUGGGAGUCAAAGACUUUGAGAAACUAUCAGCCCGGUUGCCCAGUGCUCUGCUGUUUCUACAUUUUCUGCUUCUACAAGCAGAGAUGAACAAAUAAAAAUCAAAUCAAAUUCAGGAGGCAAACACUCUGUGGAGUUUCAGCUGCAAAUGUGAGUUUCGAUGGAGUAAUGCUCACCAGGUCAAGGUCCGCACGAGCAAUGAAGACUUUAAACAACUAUGUCUGACCCAUCAUUCACCGAUGACGAUGAUAAUUUUGUUUAUAUUCACAGCGAUCCUUUAAAAAACUAUUGUACUCCAGUCUGAAGUCCUGCACUCAUUCUGGAUGUAAGCUUAGGGCUUCUUAAAGGAUUGUCCAAAGACAUUGUAAAUCCACUGAAUGUUUAAACAGUGAGGCUGACUAACACAAAUUCUUACUCUGAAGUUCAAGAUACUGAUCUCAGCAGCCUAAACUAUUUACAAAGUUGUAGCCUGCUAUCAACAACUCACCUACGCCAGGCUGUGCAUCUGAACACAUACAUAACAGUUGCCUUGAUACUUACCUGUGAGAAGAAAAAGUGUCUCCUUGCCUGCAAAAUUAAAACUGAACUGCGUUUUUAAGAUUAAUGCCCUUAAACGUCAAAGAACUAAAACAUCAGUGGGGAUCUGAUCUGCGAAAUAAUUUCUGUUUGAUUGCAACAGACAGCAUUAACUGUUUUUUCUCUUUGGUAGAGUAUCUGUCCACCCACAGUGCUCAGACUUCUCAUCCCACCACUGGGGAUCAACAGUGAGUCUUUCAGCCUCAGCAAGUCCAGACCUCCAAGAUAUUUAGGAAAAACUGACAAUACGGAAGUCAGAAAAAUUGACUGGAAAAGUUUACUGAGUGAGAAGCUCCUCAAACUAAGUUAGAGGAAAUUCAGUGACAGCCAUUAAAGUACAGUAAUUCUGGUUAAGGCAAAAGGAAUAAAUAUCAGUUUAAACAUAUCGCAAUGGUCUGUGUAUACCAGACCUGCAGUCAGAGAACAACCAUUAAAUGCAUCCGCGAAAGAUAACUAAGAAAAGUAAGAAAAUUGUCAGAGUUUAAAUUCCUUAUAGUAUCUGCCCUUCUGUUUUUAACAGAUAACUCCCUCCCCUUUAUGAGGUCUAUAGAUUUCCUUGAAAAAAUAGGGUAUCUAAGAAUUAAACAGUGAAAUACUGUGCCUUACUUGCUGUUGUAGAUCUAGUCUUUUACCUGAAUUGAACUCAUUCCAGCUCCCUUUAUGUACCACAGAUGAGUGCCAGAGACGGCUGAACAAUGCCACAAUAAAUGCUUAAUAGAAACAAGACUUUACUAAGCCAGCAAUUAUGGAAUUGUUUAUAUAAAAAAAUGGAAUAUCAUGGGAACAUCUAGUACUUUCUUGCAUGAGCUGCUGGAAAGAAGACAGGAAAAUAUAAUUACAGUAUUGCCUAAAAUCAAGACAGGACAAGUUGUAAAAUACGCUGGUUAUCUCUUACGUGUCAUCAGGUUGGACCAAAAAAAUUACAAGUUUCAGACCCAACAAAAAUUUUUAAAUUGCCCUUUUAGCAGUCAGGUUUUGCAUCAUGCUGUGUAGGGAAAGAGUCUACCUCACAGAUUUGUAGCAAAACAAAUCAGUUUGUUUCCUAAGCACGCUUAAUAUGGUUCACUAAUGGAAAACCAGGAGGAGAGAGUGAGAGUGUAAAGCUAGAUCCUUAAGAGUUAAGCUAUGAGCACAUUGUGAUGAAGCUUUGUUUGCUUGCCUUAUCAAAUGUUCUUCAGCAGUUAAACAUAUACAGUCAAAGGGACGUUCAUAAAAUAGUUAGCUAAUGCUGGUAAACUGAAAAAGCAGCAGGAGCACCCCAUGACUGAUUUCUACCUACUGCAGAAGGAAAAAAUACAGAACUGUUAAGCUUCUCUUCUUCAGUUAAGAAUUUAAUUUCACUAUAAAAUUAGAGAAAGCCUAUUACAAACAACAACAAAGACGACUGAUGCUACUAAUGCAAUAGUAGCAUUAUUGUGCUACUAAUCUAUGCAAAAUCUAGAGAAUUUAGAACUGAGAUUCUGCAUCAGUCCCUUAGCUCCUCAACUGUUUUUUAAAUAAUAAAACCGUAUUUCAUGGGCCUUUCUUAGGAAAUGUUUAUCCAAGUUCUUUAUGGAAGAGCCAUAAACACAGCAGUUAUAGCAGAUUAACUGCUGUAUGACUGCCAUGGCAACAAUGAACAUGACUAAGCAUAAGGUACUGGACAGUGCACAGGUAAACACACUGAUAAAAGCGUAGAGGAAAUGGUUACGUUCCCCUCAGAUCUUUCCGAUUGUCUGAUUCUAGAUACCUCUAAUACUAGGAAACAGAGCAACAGAUAGAAAUGCAUGGGCAGGGUCCCUUAAAUAGCACUUCGUACUAUACAGGCCUGAGACCAUACAGAGCAGGCAGGGCUCUGCUGUGGAUUUUUUCAAAAUGUGGUAUGGUCACUCGCACUCCUAGUACAAACACCUCAGUGGUACGGUGGUGUAUGGCCAACAUAUAAGGUAUCCGUUAACAUAGCACUUUAUGAUCUUUGCUGUAAGGGUUUGGGGAGAGAAAGAAGAAAAGUCUGACAUGCACAACUGUUGUAAUCCCCCAUGAUUCAGCAUACAGAAACGCCCCGACGACACUAGCAGCUGAGUGCUGACAGCUGGAGGGCAGGGACACCUCAGGAUGUUAGUGUUCACAGCAUUUUCUUCAACAACUUGAAAAUAACUGCAGAAGAAGAAUUUGUUUGGAAUCGUAUCUGAAUGGCCUUCUGACCUCCUGCCUAGCAGUUCCCUCAACAGGCUGGACAGGCUGCAAACGCGACAUUGGCCACAAUUUCAAAAGCAACUGUUUUGACAACAAAACCACCAUGAGGAGCUGCCUCCUCAUAUACACGCAUUCCAGCCCCUGCCUUGGCCCCCUCCUCGCUCUGUUGUGUUGGUAUGACCGGCUGUGUGGUGGUGCAAUAAACUGAUCGGGUUAAAAAUUA